ACGCACGCUGCCACUUGCCCCCGCACUCUCCGCCCGGCGCGCGGGGGGGUGGUGCGUGCAGGAGCUGCGGGGCUGAGACUCCGGCUCCCGGCCCUGCGCCGCUCAGCCCGGCUCCGGCCGCCGCUGGGGGCUGGUAACUUGUUGUGCGGAGCGAAAGGCGGCGGCGGCGGCGGCACCAUCCGGGCGGGCAGCAUGGGCACGUCCGCGCGCUGGGCGCUGUGGCUUCUGCUCGCGCUGUGCUGGGCGCCCCGGGACGCCCGCGCCUCUGCAAGCGGGAAAAAAGCCAAAUGUGAAUCCUCCCAAUUCCAGUGUACAAAUGGCCGCUGCAUUACUCUGCUGUGGAAAUGUGAUGGAGAUGAAGACUGUGUUGAUGGCAGUGAUGAAAAGAACUGUGUAAAGAAGACGUGUGCUGAGUCAGACUUCGUGUGCAACAAUGGCCAGUGUGUUCCCAACAGAUGGCAGUGUGAUGGGGAUCCUGACUGUGAAGAUGGUUCUGAUGAGAGCCCAGAGCAGUGCCAUAUGAGAACAUGCCGCAUAAAUGAAAUGAGCUGUGGCGCCCAUUCUACUCAGUGUAUCCCAGUGUCCUGGAGAUGUGAUGGUGAAAAUGAUUGUGACAAUGGAGAAGAUGAAGAAAACUGUGGCAACAUAACAUGUAGUGCUGAUGAGUUCACUUGCUCCAAUGGCCGCUGCAUCUCUAGGAACUUUGUGUGCAAUGGCCAGAAUGACUGUAAUGAUGGCAGUGAUGAGCAGGACUGUGCCCCACCAACCUGCAGUGCCCAUGAGUUCCAGUGCAGCACAUCCUCCUGCAUCCCCAUCAGCUGGGUAUGUGAUGACGAUGCAGACUGCUCUGACCAGUCAGAUGAGUCCCUUGAACAGUGUGGCCGCCAACCAGUGAUACACACCAAGUGCCCAGCCAGCGAGAUCCAGUGUGGUUCUGGGGAAUGCAUUCAUAAAAAGUGGCGAUGUGAUGGGGACCCUGACUGCAAGGACGGUAGCGAUGAGGUCAACUGCCCUUCUAGAACCUGCAGACCUGACCAGUUUGAAUGUGAGGAUGGCAGCUGCAUCCAUGGCAGCAGACAGUGCAAUGGCAUCCGAGACUGUGUUGACGGCUCCGACGAAGUCAACUGCAAAAACGUCAAUCAGUGCUUGGGCCCCGGAAAGUUCAAGUGCAGAAGUGGGGAAUGCAUAGAUAUCAGCAAAGUGUGUGACCAGGAGCAGGACUGCAGAGACUGGAGUGAUGAGCCCCUGAAAGAAUGCCAUAUCAAUGAAUGCUUGGUAAACAACGGUGGCUGUUCCCACAUCUGCAAAGACCUAGUUAUAGGCUAUGAAUGUGACUGUGCAGCUGGGUUUGAACUGAUAGAUAGGAAAACCUGUGGAGAUAUUGAUGAAUGCCAAAACCCAGGAAUCUGCAGUCAAAUUUGUAUCAACUUAAAAGGCGGUUACAAGUGUGAAUGUAGUCGUGGCUAUCAAAUGGAUCUUGCCACUGGCGUGUGCAAGGCAGUAGGCAAAGAGCCAAGUCUGAUCUUCACUAAUCGAAGAGACAUCAGGAAGAUUGGCCUAGAGAGGAAAGAAUAUAUCCAACUUGUUGAACAACUAAGAAACACGGUGGCUCUUGAUGCUGACAUUGCAGCUCAGAAGCUAUUUUGGGCUGAUCUAAGCCAAAAGGCCAUCUUCAGUGCCUCAAUUGAUGACAAGGUUGGUAGACAUUUUAAAAUGAUCGACAAUGUCUAUAAUCCUGCAGCCAUUGCUGUUGAUUGGGUGUACAAGACCAUCUACUGGACUGAUGCGGCUUCUAAGACUAUUUCAGUAGCUACCCUAGAUGGAACCAAGAGGAAGUUCCUGUUUAAUUCUGACUUGCGAGAGCCUGCCUCCAUAGCCGUGGACCCGUUGUCUGGCUUCGUUUACUGGUCAGAUUGGGGUGAACCAGCUAAAAUAGAAAAAGCAGGGAUGAAUGGAUUUGAUAGACGUCCACUGGUGACCACGGACAUCCAGUGGCCUAAUGGAAUCACCCUUGACCUUAUCAAAAGCCGCCUCUACUGGCUGGAUUCCAAGCUGCACAUGCUGUCUAGUGUGGACUUAAAUGGCCAAGAUCGUAGGAUAGUGCUAAAGUCUCUGGAGUUCCUGGCUCAUCCUCUUGCACUCACAAUAUUUGAGGAUCGUGUCUACUGGAUAGAUGGGGAAAAUGAAGCAGUGUAUGGUGCGAAUAAGUUCACUGGGUCAGAGCUGGCUACUCUAGUCAACAACCUCAAUGAUGCCCAAGACAUCAUUAUCUACCAUGAACUCGUUCAGCCAGCAGGUAAAAAUUGGUGUGAAGAAGAUAUGGAGAAUGGAGGAUGUGCAUACCUCUGCCUGCCAGCACCACAGGUUAAUGAUCACUCUCCAAAAUACACCUGUUCCUGUCCCAAUGGAUACAAUCUAGAGGAAAAUGGGCGAGAGUGUCAAAGUACUACAACUACUGUGGCUUACAGUGAGACAAAAGAUACCAGCACAACAGAAAUUCUACCAACUAGUGGACUGGUUCCUGGAGGGAUCAAUGUGACCACAGCAGUGUCAGAGGUCAGUGUUCCCCCAAAAGGGACUUCAGCUGCCUGGGCAAUCCUUCCUCUCUUGCUAUUAGUGAUGGCAACAGUAGGUGGAUACUUGACGUGGAGGAAUUGGCAGCACAAGAACAUGAAAAGCAUGAAUUUUGACAAUCCUGUGUACUUGAAGACCACUGAAGAGGACCUCUCAAUAGACAUUGGUAGACACAGUGCCUCUGUCGGACACACAUAUCCAGCAAUAUCAGUUGUAAGCACAGAUGAUGAUCUAGCUUGACUCCUGAGGCAAGUUUCGACCUAUCAGGUCUAAGCCAAUAAUACUGACUCCGGAAUGGUAACCAAGCCAGCGCUGAAGUCUCUAUCUUCCUCCAUCUGGAAGAACAUCAAGAUAUCUUUGCGUGGAUCAAGCUUGUGUACUUGACCAUUUUUAUAUUACUUUUGUAAAUAUUCUUGUCCAAUUUUACUUCAGCCUUGGAUGUGGUUACCAAGUGUCUGUAACCCUUGAAUUCUAGACAGUAUUGCCAUCUCUGGCCAAAUAUGCACUUUCCCUAGAAAGCCAUAUUCCAGCAAUGAACCUUGUGCUAUAGUGAAUCCUACCUGUACAUAUACUGUAUAGGCCACCUGUAAAUAUCCCAGAGAACAAUCACUAUUCUUAAGCACUUUGAAAAUAUUUCUAUGUAAAUUAUUGUAAACUUUUUCAAUGGUUGGGACAAUGGCAAUAGGAUAAAACGGGUUACUAAGAUGAAAUUGCCAAAAAAAUUUGUAAACUAAUUUUGUACGUAUGAAUGAAAUCUUUGGCCUCAAUGGAGGUUUGCAAAGACUGAAUGUUCAAACUACUGUACAUUUUUUUCAAGUGCUAAAAAAUUAAACCAAGCAGCUUAA